AUGCCUUCUAGGGAGUCCUACAUCGCAGGUCCCACCUUGCCCUCUCUAUCGGAGAUCAUCAAGCUCGAGCCAGAGAAGGAGCCAUGGUGUGCUGGUUAUGCCCAUUCCAAAGGACGGCGCUGCCACAACCCCACAAACAUGCGUGGUCGCAGCUCGGCAAUGUCUCUUCUUGACAAGGGCACUAAAGACCUUCGGGCUGGUCGCCGCAUCGAUACGCUAUUGGAAAAUCUGGCCACCUACGUUCUGUGUACCAUAUUUCAUCAAAACCAGGCUUUGGACCUUGCGUGUCGCUGGAAGAGACAAGUUAGCUCGUUCCUCGUCCCCCAAGCCACUUCACAAGUCAAUUCAGCAACCUCAGAAAGACGGGUGAGACGAUCAUCUAGCGAUGUAUAUUCAGACACAGCCGAAGCAAAUGUGGAUGAGCUAUGCGAUAUUCUCUAUCGGAAACUUCAGGACACCUUGGAAGAGCUCAGACGCCUUCAGGCCGUUCAGCAUGGGCCAACUAUAUCUGCAAACUCUCCAGUUCCUCGCGGUGAUGAGCGCGCAAGUAUAGAUAACAACCCCAGGACCGGCCGGAGCUCGACCAUCAGAGACGGUUUGCGUAUAGUCCCCAGUACCAGGGCAGUGAUGAGACAGUCAGCAAGCUCUACCCACGAGUCAACAAUUACCGCACCACGCUCGACACAAGUGCAAGUUGUCAUUCAAGCAAGGCCAGCUUCAGUCUCAAAUCAAAGAGCAGCGACCGUAUCAGCAACGGCUCGUGUCUCCAGCAGUACCGACAGCCAGGAAGGCGUUGAAGCAACUUCGCAGCCCCGUAACCGAGCCAUUCAGGCUACCUCCGUCACUCGCCGAGCCGUCGAAGGAGAAUGUGGGAUCUGUUUGUGUCAUAUGCAGACUUCACAGUCCCUCUUCGUCGAUGAAAGUAUAGAGAUUGACGAGGAAGAAGAUGUAGAGAAUCUGGGUGAGGAAGAAGACGAUGAAGACGAAGAGGAUGAAGAACUAGUUUGGUGCAGGGCACGGUGUGGAGUCAACUUCCACAAAAAGUGCAUCGACCAGUGGUUGGAAACAUCCCACGCUUCGACAUGUCCGGCGUGCAGAAGUACCUGGAGACCCUGA